AUGUGUUGGGCCAUAGUUGCAGCAGAAGCUGUUGCAGCCGGACUUAAAGCGACAAAUUAUACAGAUGAUCUUCUUGAACUCUCUUCGCAAGAACUUCUCGACUGUUGUGAAAAAGAGAGAACAAAAUGCUACACUUAUUCGUAUACCAAAGCUUUUAAUUAUAUAAAAAAUGAGGGGAUCCGGAAGGAGGAAGACUAUCAGUUCAAAGCAGUUAAGCAACCUUGUCAACCCAAGACUGAAGAACAGAAAUCCCUUGCGGUGAGAAUUAAUGGGGUCAUAAAGAUAAAUCACAAGAGUGAAGAAGAGCUUCUUAUGAGAGUCAAAGAACAACCAGUAGCAGGUUGUGUAAUGAUGACUACAGAAUUUAAACUAUUGAAAGGGGAUAUCUAUGAGGGUACCGAUGAGCUUGAUAAACUGAACCAAGACGAUCACUCAAACUCUAGACAUGCAAUUCUUGUCAUAGGAUUUGGCUAUGAUGAAAAAGAAGAAAAAAAUUACUGGAUCGUUAAAAAUUCUUAUGGCAAAGAGUGGGGAAUUCAUGGAUAUGGUAGAAUUGCUCGGAAUUCAAGUCUUCCACACAACAGACAGAACUUGAUUUUCAGAACGGCGCCUAUGCUUGCUGGAAUUAUUAUUACCGAUCCCAUCCCGCUGCUGAAUACUUGA